UCUGUUUUGACAAGCAGACAGAACAUGAGCUUUGUCCAUGCAGAUCAACUUCUGUUUUGCGGUUUGUCAUCGCUGUUUUUUUUUUCUGCCAGUCUUUUCAUAUAAAUCGUUUGUUGAACUAGUCUCUCGGGUUCACGAGACAUUCAGUGUUUUCUUUUUUUAUUCGGUUAGUUUAUGAUCGAGUGCUCGAGAAGGGAUUUUAGAGCUAUGAGACACUUCUGUUUGGUCGAAAUCAGACUCAUCAUAGCCACGUAACGGUUCUCCAGUCUGGAGAUGAUGUUUUGGUGCCUUGAUAGAGUCUGAUCUAGCUGUCCGUGGGGGGUUGGUGAUGAUUAUCCAGAGGGUCUUAUAUGUGUCUCAAGUGGCAUUACAUUUGAGCUGAUCAGUGGCACUGCUGCAAUGAGGCGACUGGCAUCGGACAUCUAUUGAGCUGGUGUUUUGAUUGACUAGACUAGCAUACAGCAGCGUAUUUGAUCUUACCACCUCAGAUCAUUGAUAUCCGAAUGGCUGUGCGCCAGCUCGAUAGCUAACCAAUGUCUAAGGGACGAGUUUUAAAGCCUCAACAAAGAUCCGAGGACGGAAGACGGAGCGCAGGCGUCCUGGAAGGCAUCACAUUGUCUGUGUCCAGCAUGAAGCCUGACAGAGAAGCAGCCGAGGAGUUCUUCGAGUAUGAUGCUGAGGAGUUUCUCGUGUUCUUGAUGCUCCUGAUCACAGAAGGGCGGACUCCAGAAUGUUCCAUAAAGGGUCGGACCGAAGGGCUUCACUGCCCACCUGCCCAGUCAGCUAUGCCUGUCCUCACCAAACAUGAGUGUAGUGACAAAAUACCACAGUGUCGUCAGGCAAGGAGAACAAGGUCAGAAGUCAUGUUGCUGUGGCGCAAUCAGAUCCCCAUCAUGAUUGAAGUGAUGCUUCUUCCUGACUGUUGCUAUAGCGAUGAAGGCCCUACCACAGACGGCACAGACCUAAAUGACCCAGCAAUAAAGCAAGAUGCACUCUUACUGGAGAGAUGGACAUUACAACCAGUGCCCCGACAGAGUGGAGAUCGCUUUAUUGAGGAGAAAACCCUGCUUUUGGCAGUACGGUCCUAUGUCUUUUUCUCACAGCUCAGCGCGUGGCUCAGUGCUUCUCAUGGGCUUGUACCCAGAAACAUCCUUUACAGAAUAAGUGCAGCUGAUGAGGAACUGAUAUGGAACUUCUCGCAGACUCCCUCUGAACAUGCCUUCCCUGUCCCAAACAUAUCGCACAAUGUUGCUCUCAAAGUGCGGGUUCAGUCUUUGCCCCGCCAGCCCAAAUACCCCAUACUCAAAUGUAGUAUCCACUCAGGUCUAGCUUUCCUGGGCAAAAGAGGCUUGGAGCGUGGUGAGAGGAUCAACCAUGCUGGAGAGAACCACAGUUCCCUCCGUCUGCCAGGGUCUCCACUAUUCUCCAGGCCUCUACGCCCUUCUCCACCUCCCCACAGCCCUCUUAACACCCGUAAAUGUCCCCCUCACCCAGAGUCUCCUCACCCACCAGGAAAACCCGUCAAAUGGUUGUACUCUCGGCUGAAUGGAGGUGUGGAGGUCCCCCCUACAGAACAGUACAGCUCGUGUACUAAUGGUGCUGAGAGCCCUAAGACGUCAAACAUGGUGUCACCAGUUAGUGCUUUCAAAUCACUGUCCCUCGCCGACACUUUAGCAAACCCCAGCCCGAGUCCCAGCUUCCUCUCAGGUGAAACCAACCCCCUCAUUGGCUCCCUGCUCCAGGAGAGGCAGGAAGUCAUCGCUCGCAUUGCUCAGCGGCUAAAUUUCUGCGACCCUACAGCUCCUCAUCUCCCUGAUGCCCUCUUCGCUUCUCACAAACCGCCAGGACACAAAGCACCCUGGAGCUCCUUGCAGGACAAGGAGCACAUAAAGAAAUCCAAAGAGUCCCUUUUCCCUGUUCCUCAAACUCAUAAUGGAACUGGCCCAGAAAACCCAGAGAGGAGCUGGUCUUCUCUCUAUGACACCCCCUUGAGCCCUAGAAGCAGAAAGCGGCUUGACCAAUUGGAACACGAAUCAAAAACUUCCCCAAAACUGUCAACCUGUAAGCGUCUGGUACUAAGUGAUCAGUCCGCUGAAGGUUCUAUGAUUGCAGAUGCAGUUCAGGAUAUCUCAAGGUUGAUUCAGGAGAGACUGCAACAGUCCUACAGUCUCCUAAAUGUCACCUAUAAAUUAAAGUCCACUCAAACCGAACAGGUAGGCGCAAGCCAUGGUGCCCAUUCAGACGGCUUUGUUUCGCCACCAAGCCAUGAGUCUUCUAGCAUAACCAAUGGUGAGGCAAGCACAAAGCCUCACAUUUCUCAAGAAACAAAAUGUUGUCAAUCUCCUGACUCUAGUCAUAGCCAGCAAGACUGUUCUUGUAGAUCAUUACAUGUGGCCAGCCCAAAACUUGAAGAGCUCAGCGUCAACAAAUCACAGCCGUUAAUGACAAGUAAUCACAAACAGAACACCAAAAGUGAGUCCUGGACCUCCUUGAAAGACCACACAAACUCUUAUCAGGAUAAUGGGCUGACACUCACUGGAUAUUUGCAGCCUUCCAAGACACAAGAGUCAAUCAAAGAGAAAGUAGCAGAGAAGCACGUCCAGGUUGGGUCCACCUGUCCUGAGAAGGAUGAGAACCAGGAGCCCUGGGCAUCUCUCUCUAGAACACCUGCCAACCUUAUCCACAGCACCCCCAGUCCUUCCGUUGGUCCUACCCCAAGCAGUCAUAUGCAGAGAUAUCCCCCCUUCCUUCUGAAGCCACGCAGUAACUGGAAGAAACAGAAUCGUCACUCCAUAGAUGGAACGGCAACGAAAGCUUUCCACCCCUGCACAGGCCUGCCUCUCCUCUCUAGCCCUGUUCCUCAAAGAAAAUCCCAGAAAGGAUAUUUUGAUUUAGACACGUCUGUGAUUCAUUGCAAAGGUGUGCCAUGGGCUGCCAAUAAGAGGGUUUUGAAAAGAUCACAAGACUGGGAUGAGUCUCAGCAGCAGAUCCUCAGUGCCAGCGCUCCACCCGCCAGCCUCAGCCUUUUGGGAAACUUUGAGGAGUGUGUUCUGAACUAUCGUUUGGAGCCGUUGGGUAAUGUUGAGGGCUUCACUGCUGAGGUGGGCGCCAGCGGAACGUUCUGCCCCAGUCACAUGACAUUACCUGUGGACGUGUCUUUCUACAGCGUCUCUGAUGAUAAUGCACCUUCCCCCUACAUGGGUGUCAUAAAUUUGGAGUCUCUCGGUAAGAGGGGAUAUCGAGUACCCCCUUCAGGAACCAUUCAAGUGACCUUAUUUAACCCUAAUAAGACGGUGGUGAAGAUGUUUGUGGUUAUGUAUGAUCUGAGGGAAAUGCCUGCCAGCCAUCAGACAUUCCUGCGGCAGAGAACUUUCUCAGUCCCCGUCAAACGCGAGUUCAACGGACAGAACAACAAAAAGACGCCCGUGCUGGGGCAAGGACGAACCCUCCGCUACCUCGUCCACCUGAGGUUUCAGAGCUCCAAAUCUGGAAAGAUCUACCUCCAUCGGGACAUCCGGCUCCUUUUCUCCCGUAAAUCCAUGGAAGUGGACAGUGGUGCUGCCUACGAGCUCAAGUCUUUCACAGAGUCACCUGCCAAUCCCCCUUUCUCUCCAAGAUGCUAAUCUAAUCUAAACUAGUCCAUUCUUAAUGCAGCAUAGGGGUCUUACUAAAUCAGAAUCUUUCAUCUGCCUGUAUGUGAAUUAAAAAUAGAGACACACACAUUCAUGAAAGGACUAUUAACAUUAAUGCCCCUUUCCUUAAAAAAAAAAAAAAUACUCACAAUUAAACCAUCUGUUCAGAUGUUAUUAGGUUUAAAACAACAGAUGGUUGAGAAUUUUGAUUUAGUUGCAAGCUUAUUCCCAGAUGUUCGGCAUGGUUCGAGAAAACUUGUUGCAGAAAAACUAAAUCCAUGGACCAUUUUUUAAAGAAAAGACUAUUAACUGAAUAACUGCAAAUGAUGUUUGAAGAGCACUGUGUUUUCCACCACAACUGGAACAAAAAUGUGUUUUGUUCAAGGAUUUCUUUCUUUGUACUGUUACCAAACAACUUUAAUCGGAAAUGUUGCAAUAGAAAAACAAAUAUCUUACUAGAUUAGUGUUUACAUAUUUCCUUUUUUUUUUCUUCAGUUAUUUAAUAUUUAAAUUGAACUUUCAUUUACUGCACAUGUGAUGCCUGUUGUGCAAAACAUUGACAUAGUACAAAAUAUGUUUCAAUCAUACCAUGUAUUUUUGUCUUUCAAAUUCAGAUAUUAAAUAAAAAAAGUAUAUAUUA